AUGGCCUAUGUCCCUGUACCCGGCUACCAGCCCACCUACAACCCGACUCUGCCCUACAACAAGCCCAUCCCGGGUGGUCUCUGCAUCGGAAUGUCUGUUUACAUCCAAGGAGUGGCUAGCGAGCACAUGAAGAGACACCUCUCCUUCCUCACCUCACAGACCAUGGAGGGACCCCCAAUCUUCAACCCGCCCGUGCCAUUCAGGAGGAUCUUGCAAGGGGGGCUUACGGCCCGAAGAACCAUCAUAGUCAAGGGCUUUAUACCCCCUACAGGCAAGAGCUUUGCGAUCAACUUCAUCGUGGGGUCCACGGGGGACAUGGCUCUGCACAUUAACUCCCGUCUGACCGAGGAUACCGUGGUCCGGAACAGCUACCUGAAUGGUUCGUGGGGAUCCGAGGAGAGGAAGAUCUCCUACAACCCAUUUGGUCCUGGGAAAUUCUUUGAUCUGUCCAUUCGCUGUGGCAUAGAUCGCUUCAAGGUUUACGCCAACGGCCAGCACCUCUUCGACUAUUCCCAUCGCUUCUCGGCCUUCCAGAACGUGGACGUCCUAGAGAUCCAGGGUGAUAUCAACUUGUCCUAUAUCCAGAUCUGAUCUAUUCCCAGAGCCAUAACUCUUGGGGACACAGAGAGAAAGAGCCCACAGGACUCUCUU